GAAACUAAAUAGUCUCCAUAUGUGAGUAACAGAAGCCAUGGAAAUUCUUUUUCCUUUCUUUUUUCCUGCUGCCAUGUGUCUCCUUAUAAUUCCUGGAGUUUUUCCAGUAUCCUGUGACGGAAUUAUAGGAGGAAAUGAAGUGUCACCCCACACAAGGCGCUACAUGGCUUUAAUUGAAGGGCUGAAAGUCUGUGCAGGGGCUUUGAUCAAAGAAAACUGGGUGUUGACAGCUGCUCACUGUGACCUGAAAGGCAACCCUCAAGUUAUUCUUGGAGCCCACUCUACAUCCCAUAAAGAGAAAUAUGACCAGACAUUUUCCAUUAAAAAGGCAAUUCCUUAUCCAUGUUUUGAUCCACAGACAUUUGAAGGGGAUCUUCAGCUGCUUCAGCUGGAAGGUAAAGCAACUAUGACCAAAGCUGUAGGAAUACUUCAGCUACCCAACACAGGAGAAGAUGUCAAACCCCACACCAAAUGUCAUGUGGCAGGAUGGGGAAGCACCAGAAAAGACUCGUGCAAAAUUUCAAACACCUUGAGAGAAGUCAACAUUACUGUGAUAGAUCGAAAAAUGUGCAAUGAUGCCCGGCACUAUAAUUUUAAUCCAGUUAUUGACCUUGGUAUGAUCUGUGCAGUUGGUAGAAAAGGUGAAGAUGAUUCAUGUGAAGGAGAUUCUGGAAGUCCUCUGAUAUGUGACAACAUUUUCAGAGGGGUCACUUCCUUUGGGAAGUGUGGUAACCCCCAGAAGCCUGGCGUCUACAUUCUCCUCACCAAAAAACACCUCAACUGGAUAAAGAAAACCAUUGCAGGAGCCAUAUAGCAUUUCUUCUUCAAAGCAGAAAACUGAGGUAACCACCUGGAGAUGUCAAGCAAAGCGGGUUUUAACUUGUCCUAUCUGAAGAAGCACCUCACAAGCCUCUUAACCUGGUGUCCAAAUGAUAGCCUGACUGAAAAACCAGCAAUGAAAGAAAUGACCUUCUGCCUUUUCUCUUCCACCAUUAGUGAAGACUGAUUAAUCACUGUUCUCUAUCUGUGGCGAGAACUGUCCCUUGAGAAAAAGUUCAAUUUGAAUAAAUUCUGCUUUAUUCGGAAUUUAAAGACUAUAACUUUGGGGUUCAUCCUUAAAAGGAAGUCAAUCUCAGGAAAAGUUAGAAUGUUCUUCUUGCUUCCAAAUGAAGCUCCAAAAUAUUAGUGGCCUUGGGAAUUCAGAGUCUGCUGUUCUGACUUAACUCAACGUGGGAGUAAGGAGAGAGAUAAAGGGGGAUUUUUCACUUCUUACUGUAUAUUUCCGUAUCACUUAACUUUUUACAAAAAUGUGUGGUAUAAAUACAAUGGGAAAGACUUGGUGUGUGUUUUAGAUAGUUGGAAAAUUUGGAAUUUGAGGUUAGGGAUAGUUCAGGGCACUUGCAUCAUUUAUUAACUACAAGUAGACUAAAAUUUUACAGGCCUUGGUCCAGUCAGUAUUUUGAUAUGUAUUUUGCCUUUGCUAAUCGAUUUAUAUAUGUGAGCACUAA